UAACAAUAAUAAUCAAAGAUGAAAGGACCAACGGCUUUUGCCAUGUUAGCAAUGAUAGUCAUGGCUCUAGUCAUGGUGCACCCAAGUGAAGCCAUUAGUUGUGGUGAACUUACUAACAUGCUCACACCGUGCCUACCCUACCUCAGAUCUGGUGCAGGAGGCUCACCCACAAAGAGUUGUUGUGAUGGUGCCAGGAAGGUUCAAGGUGCCACCCGGAGCAAAGCGGAUAGGCGAACCGCUUGCAAAUGUUUCAAGAGCUCGGGACCUCAGCUAAAGGUUCGACCGGACCUUGCCGGUAGCCUUCCAGGAAAGUGUGGUGUCUCCACCACCAUUCCGAUCAAUCCCAACAUCAACUGCGACUCGAUUUGAUGAGUUGUCGGAGACUAAUAGGCAAUGAUAGGAGGCAUGACGGUGUGGUGGUGUUUAGCCGCCGGAAUAAAUAAAUGUGUUUCUUUUAUAUGUUAUCUAAAGUUUGGUAUUUUAUGUACUAGUCAUAUUACAUAUACAUUAUAAAUAAAGUAUGCCAUCAGUUUACGUAAUUCA